AAUUGGAUAUAAAGCCGGGUCAUUUUCAAGGACAAUUCUGUAAUGGGAUAAAGUCGUGAUAAGUUUUCAGAGACUCUUGUUUUCAUCAGACAAAAACAAAUGCAUUACCAGGGAAUUUUGUGAAUACUAUAAGAAUAAUAUCUUCAUACUUUUAACACAAUUAUCCAUUAUUGUUGCAUAGAUUAAUGGUACUAGAUAAAUGGUAUUGGGAAAGAUGUCAUCUUUGUCUGCGGCAUCGAGCCUCGUUGGCCCUCCUAACGCCAUGUCGCUUUUGAGAUUCCUUCUUCGAAUCUCGACAAAGGCCAACCGUCAGACAGCGUUCCUAACCGUCACCAGCAUCUUCCUCGUCAUCCUCACUGCCUACCGACACAUGAUGUCGAGAAUGAAACACGACCGCCGACGUCGACGGUUACCGCCGGGUCCCACCAACUACCCAAUUGUUGGAAUCUUACCGUUCCUUGGCACAACAGACCCCGGGAAGUCGGUCUUAGAACUCUCUAAGAAGUACGGACCUGUAUUUUAUGGGCGUUUGGGGAACUUUGACGCCAUUUUUCUGAACGAUUAUGAAAGUGUGAGAGAAGCCUUUGCGAAGUCCGGGGAUGCAUUCAGUGAUCGACCUCGGGUGACAGCCUUUGAAACCUACGGACAAGGAAGAGGAGUGGCCUGCUGUUACUACCAGAACCAGUGGAAGGAACAAAGACGGUUCCUGCUCAAACUCCUCCGUAACCUCGGGAUGGGGCGAGCCAGUAACAGUCUCGAAGACAGGAUCCUACAGGAAGCCGUCCUCUUGACGAAGAGCUUCGAGGAGACACGUGGAGAGAGUUUCGAUCCAAGGACACUCAUGACCAUGGCGGUGUCGAACAUCAUCUGCGGCCUUACCUUUGGAAAACGGUUCCACUAUGAUAACAAAGAAUUCGAAAAAUUCAUUUGGACUCUUGGAAAGAUAUUUGAAGGAGCAGAUGUCGCUGGACCAACGAACUAUUUCACUUUCAUGAAGUACGUCCCCUUCAGUUCCUUCAAAAAGAUGGGUUCGUUCGCCAGGAGUUUAGAACGUGGCCUCUUCACCCGCGAAAAGGACGCACAUAAACUUACACUCGACACAGAUGACUGCAAGGAUAUGAUCGAUUUCUUUUUGAAAGAAAUGUAUGAGGCUGAGUCUAAGGAAGGACGCGGGGAAGAAUCGAAUUCACCUUUCAGGGAGGAGUUUUUGCCAUCGUUGAUUGGUGAUAUCUUUGCAGCAGGCACAGACACAACGGCGUGUGCAAUGUACUGGGUGAUGCUUUUCACUAUCAAAUACCCAAAGUAUCAAAGACGGGUCCAAGAGGAAUUGGAUAAGGUUGUUGGGAGACAUCGCCUUCCGACACAAUCCGACCGACCAAACUUGCCAUUCGUUGUUGCGAUGUUAGCCGAAAGUCUCAGAUGUUCUGCAGGGGGUCCAUUUGGUGUACCCCAUGCGGCGGUGGAGGAUACGGCCUUCCGGGGUUAUUUUGUUCCGAAGGGAACCAUCAUGGUGGCCAACCACUACGCUCUCCUGUAUGACGAAGAGGUGUUCGGUGUCGAGCCCGAUGUCUUCAACCCUGAUCGUUUCUUCGACGUCGACGGGACUCUCGUCAAAAGCAUGGUGGACAGGGUUAGCAGCCAAUUUGGAAUAGGCCGACGAGCGUGUCCCGGUGAACAGUUAGCCCAGAGCGAGCGUUUCAUCUUCUACACUCACCUCGUUCAUCAAUUCAACUUUACUGCACCCGAUGGUCCCGAUUCGGUUAGCCACGGCUCUCACUUCGGAUUGAGUCGGUCGCCGUUUCCGUACAAACUGCGAGCCGAACGGAGGCCGAUCGACACUCGGAUGCCUGAUAUAACCUUAUGAAUUUUGCAUGAAUAAGAUCAUGGCAGCGUAUAAAUUUAUCAUAUGUUAUCUGAAAUUUUGAACAUCCAUGUCCUGAAAACAAUAUAGUCGGUAUUUUUUGGUUAUAGAACACUAAACAAUAAAACAUAAUACAAGCGUAUUAAACUACACUUUGAGUUGUGUGAAAAAUAAGCCUUUCUUCAAUGUAGAACAAUAUUUUUAAACUAACUUCAGGAAAUUCUUUCCAGAGAAAACGUACAGUUUUCCGUGCUAUCGGAAUUGCAAGCAUCGUGUGAGUCUAUGGGACGGUAUUCCUUUAUUUACACGCCUGUUUCUACUAUCAAAGUUUGUAUAAUCGAAAAAGGAAAAAUUAAUAUUAAAUUUAGCCAUAAACAUCAACGAGUAGUAAUUGAUACUUUUACCAUCAUUCAUUUAUUUAUUUGUAUUAUAUUAUGUAUAUAUUAAUCGUACUUUUUAUGCAAAAAUGUAUUGUAGCAUUAGAUUACAGAUGUCAGUAUAUAUAUAAUUCGUGGUUUGAAUAUUAUUUCCAUAAACUUUCCUUCAGUAUAACCAUCGUGAGGAUAUGAAAACAAAUAAACCUGACAAAAUUUCGAUCUAUUGAUAAGGAUUUAGUUAUUAAUGCCAAUUUAUUUGAUCAAUUUUGAUCUUUUGAACUACUAGUGUAUGAAUGAGUUUUAUAAUCUCUUGCCAUGGAUAUUAUUUUGCAACUUCUCAACUGACUAGUGUGAAGCCUACAUAAAUGAUGUGCUCAUUAAUGCAAACAUGGAAAUUAGAAGACUCGAAAUUUUUCCUCCUUAAAUCCCGUAUGUGCAGGUCUGCCAUUUGAAGCUUUCAUAAUAUCACUUGACUAAAUGUUAUUUUUACACAAAAUCCGUUCAUGUCUUUCUCGUACAUCAAAUCAGGUUUAGUACGGUUUUAAUACUUUAUUUUGCUUAAAUCCAACGAUGAUUGUGGGACUGUGCCUGUUCAUCAGUCCUAGUGAAUAAUCUGUAUGCUCCACACUAUCAAUUUCAAUAUCUGCCAAGUAAUUGCAUGUGGCAAGACAGAAAAUCCAUUGGACUUGAUAGUGAGUCAGAUACAUAAGAUGUAAUAGAGAGAGUAGCAUU